AUGGCAUUAUUUAAUGAAACAUUAAAUCAUCCAGAUUUUAAUUCAUCCACUCCAAUUCAAACUAAUUUUGAGCAAGCCGAUACAAAUCAAGGUUCAGAUGCUCCAAUUCGCUCCGAAAAUUCAAAUAUUGCAGACUCUACAGAUUUAGAACCAGAAAAUCAAAACCAUCCUUCUACAAAUCAAAUGUCUAGUAAUCUAGAACAUAAGCUGGACCUUCUUGAUCAUAUUGAAAAACAAUUAUCGAAAAUGCGCUCGUUAUUGGGAAUUCUUCCUACUACAAAUGCUAUUGUUGGGCCGUCAAAACAAGUUUCAGUUAAUAGCAAGCAAAAUUCUGAAAAAAAAAUAAGAAAAAAUCUUCCAUAA